GAAUUAAAUUUUCGACUAUCUAUCUAUAUAUAUCUGUCUCUCCUCACCCUUUAGUGAUCACCACUACUCCUGCAUUUUUCACACACUACCUCCACCUUGUCUUCUUCUUCUCGUAAUCGUGCCCAUAAAAACCAAUAUCAGGCAGCAAGUGAGUACACAUGAUCCAUUGAUCCAUCUCCCUUGAUCACGUUUAUAGUCACAUAAACCUUGUAAAUUACAUCAUCUUACACACAAAUCUCCUACGUACUACCAAAACUCAUCCCAUGAAAUUCACCUUCUCCACUUUGCUUUCUUUUUCACAUUUUCCCUCAACCAUAACCUACACUCUUUAUCCUAACCUCUCCUAAAGCACCCUCAAAAACCCGCUUUUAAUUCACUUUCUCCACCUAUAUAUAUAUAUAUAUAUAUAUCCAUCGCGAUCUUCCUAUAGAUAUAUAUAGCUGCUGUGAAGUGUGAGUUCGUGUGUGUAUUCACAAAUUAAGAUGAUGAGCUGCUUGCAGAGCUGGCCCGAACCCGUUGUCAGGGUCCAACACCUCUCCGACAGCGGGAUUCGGGUAAUCCCCGAACGCUACGUGAAGAAACUCUCAGACAGGCCGAGCUUUUGCGACUCCCUCUCCGGCGAAGUUAACAUUCCAGUCAUCGACAUGAAGGGGUUGUACUCGGACGACGCCUCAGUCCGGAAGAAGACGGCCGGGAUGAUCAGCGGGGCAUGCCGCGAGUGGGGGUUCUUCCAGGUGGUGAACCACGGGGUGAGACAGGAGGUGAUGGGGCGGGCCAGGGAGGCGUGGCGCGAGUUUUUUAAGCUGCAGCUAGAGGAGAAGCAGAAGUACGCGAAUUCGCCGAGCACGUAUGAGGGGUACGGCAGCCGCCUGGGUGUGGAGAAGGGAAUAUCACUGGAUUGGAGUGACUACUUUUUCCUGAAUUACCUUCCUCUCGCACUCAGAGACCAGAAUAAGUGGCCUGCACUUCCUCUUUCAUGCAGGGAAAUGGUGGGAGAGUACUGUAGAGAAGUGGUUGAACUUGGUGGAAGAUUGAUGAAGAUUCUGUCGAGCAAUCUUGGGCUGGAAGAAGAGUAUCUUCAAGAAGCAUUUGGAGGAGAGGAGUUUGGGGCAUGCAUGAGGGUUAACUAUUACCCAAAAUGCCCUCAACCGGACCUCACACUCGGCCUUUCUCCUCAUUCCGACCCGGGUGGGAUGACCCUUCUCUUCCCCGACGAGAACGUAUCGGGUCUCCAAGUCCGGCGGGGCGAGAAGUGGAUCACCGUCGACCCAGUCCCCAAUGCGUUUAUCGUCAAUAUAGGAGAUCAACUUGAGGUGUUAAGCAAUGGGAAUUACAAGAGUGUGGAGCAUAGGGUGAUUGUGAAUUCAGAGAAAGAGAGAGUGUCAAUCGCAUUGUUCUACAAUCCAAGGGGUGAUAUGCUGAUAAAGCCGGCGGAUGAGCUGGUGACGGAGGACCGCCCACCGCUCUACCCGCCCACCGUUUACGACGAGUAUAGGCUGUACAUGAGGACAAGGGGCCCUCGUGGCAAGUCCCAAGUCCAUUCACUUAAAUCACUUCAAUAACUUAAUUAAUAUUAUAUUUAAAUAAUAAUUUUAGGUAGUAUUGUUCCAUGAAUUGUAGUGUUGUUUGUUAAUUAAUUUCCGCAUUUUAUGUAAUUUGGAUUGUACUACACAUAUAUAUCAUGACUACUACUCAUCAUGGGUUAA